GGGUAUGACUCACGACAAAUAAACAGAUGAUGUUGGUAUAAUGUCUGCAGGCGGAUGGAGCGGUAACGAAGCGUUUACAUGGUCUAACCAAAGCGCCAUUGAGUUACAGCGGUCAUUUGCGUCUAGAAGGUUGACGUGUAUAAAGAACCGACCGAAAGACUGUAGAAAACAGAAUGGAGUUUCCUUUGCCAGGGACGUUGUAUACGGCCGAUCAACAGUGCAAAAUGCGGAGUAACGAGAGUUAUGUAUUCUACAGAGCUGAUAACAACAAAUUCGACCCUUGCCGAAACAUUAUAUGUCGAUUUCAAGGCAACCAGGCUUUGCGGUUUUCUUCACCAUUUCUAGACGGUACUGACUGCAACAAUACAAGAAUGUGGUGUAUACAGGGAAAGUGCAUACCAAUAGAUAAGGAACACGAGUCGAUAGCACCAGUCGAUGGCAGUUGGUCGGCCUGGGAGACAGAUUAUUCCGCCUGCAGUAGAUCCUGUGGCGGUGGGUCCAAAUAAAGAGACGAUACUGCAACAA